GAAAAACUUUUUUUUUUGCGUUUCCACCGCUUCUGGCCCUUUUCCCUCUCCCCUUCGCCCCUUUCUUGCCGCUCUCUCGCACUAUAGAGACACCUUGCACAUCGCCGCACUUUUCCUUCUCUGAACCUAUCGUGGCGCUCGGAAAAUCUUCAUGGAGCGGGUUGGGAGAAAAAAUUUUGUUUCUCGGAAAUUCCCAAGUCACGAUAAGCCAUCCGAUUUGUUUGCCCUCAUUGGGCAAAGCCCAAAGGGAAAGCCUCAAAGCGCGAUGAAAUGUGGUGCCUAGCCCAAAGUUAAAUUUUUUUUUUUUUUUUCUUUCCUUCUCUUUCAUUGUCACAAUGGCUGGUACCCAAAGAAACUACAGCAAGACAUCUACUGUCCCUAGACGUCCCUUCGAAUCUGCUCGUCUUGACCAAGAACUCAAGCUCAUUGGUGAAUUCGGUCUCAAGAACAAGAAGGAAAUCUGGAGAGUCGGUUUGACUCUUUCCAAGAUCCGUCGUGCUGCUCGUGAAUUGCUCAAGUUGGAUGAAAAGGAUCCCCGUCGUCUCUUUGAAGGUAAUGCCUUGAUUCGUCGUCUUGUCCGUAUUGGUGUCCUUGAUGAAUCUCGCAUGAAGCUCGAUUACGUUUUGGCUCUCAAGAUUGAAGAUUUCUUGGAACGUCGUCUUCAAACCCAAGUCUUCAAGUUGGGUCUUGCCAAGUCUAUCCACCACGCUCGUGUUUUGAUCCGUCAACGUCACAUUCGUGUUGGUAAGCAAAUCGUCAACGUCCCCUCUUUCAUUGUUCGUUUGGACUCUCAAAAGCACAUCGAUUUCGCCUUGACCUCUCCCUAUGGUGGUGAUGACGAAGAAUAAAUUCAUUCACCUCCCCUUCCCAGCAAUGCAUUCACUCAAUUCACCCUAGCUUGACUUUGAUAUAGUUUAUUUUUUUUGUAAAUGGUUGCGUGUUGGCAAUGUGGAUCAUAAUGGGGGUUAUUUAGAAUUUACUGGGACUUG